AUGAAAUACCUCAUCAAGCACUGCGGAGUUGAUGUAGAACACAGAAGCAUGUGGCCAUCAUCAGUUGUUAGAGGGAUGCGUGCUUCUGCAACCAACCUGUGGUGGGCUGCUCUGAGAGGCAGAUAUAAUGUGAAAUGUUUGGUAGGACAUGGAGCGGACGUUAACACUGUCCAACUAGAUACUGGUGAUACUUGUGUUUUAACAGCCUGUUCAUCUUCUCAUUUUAAAAUAGUCAUUUAUUUAGUGAAACAUAAAGCGAAUAUAUUGGAACCAAACUACAAUGGAGUCACUUGUCUCAUGAGCUCAUGGCACAGUGUACCUUUAUGCCAAUUUCUCAUCGACCAUGGUGCCGAUUUGAAUGCUCAAGAUAUCCAGCUCAAAACGGCGCUGCAUUACGCAAUCCAAGGAAAUAAUUUUGGAAUUACCAAACUUCUUCUUGAGAAUGGUGCGAACCCACUUCUGAAGAGUAAGGAUGGCGAUGAUGCAUUGCAGAUGGCUUGUCUUUGCAGUGAUAGGUAUGCAUUUGAAUAUUUAAUUCAAAAAUAUAGCUAUUCCAAAGAACGAAUUGCUGAAGCAUAUGAGCUAAUGGGCUCUACCCUUAUCGAAGAGGGUGGCAAUAUGAGAGAGACUUUAAAUGAUUGGCGAAUUGCUCUUUCGAUCAGGAAUGAGGAUUCAAACAAUUUCUUAGAGAAGAAGACGAUCCAAUGGAAAGAUUCUUGCCCGCACGCAACUGGUUUCAAUUUCGUGGAUUCGACCAAGAAUGAGGAUUCAAACUACUUCGAGAAGAAGAUAAUCCUACAGAAAGCUGCUUCUAACCAGUAUGCUACUGAAUUUAAUUCCGUGGACUCGAUCAAGAAUGAGGAUUCAAACAACUACUUAGAAAAGAAAACAAUCCAACGGGAAGCUGCUUCUAACCCGUAUGCGACUGAAUUCAAUUCAGUGGAAGAACUGGAAGUUUUCGCAUUGGAUUUCGAUGCCAUGACUAUGCAAUCUUUACUUGUGCGCAUUAGAAUUUUGGGUCCAUCCCACAUUUACACAGUUUCUAGUUUAAUACAACUCUGGGGAGUUUACGUUCAUCAUUUUAAACUCCAAAGGUGUGUGGAUCUUUUUCCAUAUUUAUUAGAGCUUUGCUUCAAAGAACGGUUACGCAUGGUGGCAUGUCAAGCUGUUCGAGUUUUAGUGAGUAAUUUUCGUAAGUUUUAUGCAAAACGUAAUACUUUAACAGAACAUAUACAAUUUUCUUAUGUAUAUGAAAUAAUUCGGUUGUUGAUUUCAAAAAUUUUCUCAUCAAAUGAAUCCUUAAAAAUGAGACAAAUUUCUGCGGAAUAUCAAUAUUGCUUUGAUGAGCUGUUAAAAGCUUUGUCUUACCUUCUUUACGCCAUCUACGUCAUUCCUAAAACUUCGCAAGAAAUUGUAGCAAUGGAACAAAUUCUGCAUCGAAUAGUAUGCAUCAAUCCUCGAACCUUUUCUGAUGACACUAUACUGCAUUUAGUAGUGUCAAGACACACUUUGCUGUGCGUUAGUCCAGCUAUGGAUAUUUUUCCUGAUGCUGAAGUAGCUGAACUGUUAUUGCAGUGUGGUGCCGACGUCAAAGCUGUGAAUCGUUGCUUGAACACUCCUUUACAUGUAGCUGCUGAGGCAUCCAAUUACAGCCCAGCUGUUUUCAAUACUCUUUUGAAGCACGGAGCCCAUACAGAUCAUAAGAAUAAAGCUGGAAAUACUCCUUUUGAUGUGAUGAAAGAAACAGACAAGUUCAAUGUGAAUCCCUUCCAAUACACUACACUAAAAUGCCUGGCAGCUCGUAAAAUAAUGGAAAAACAGGUUCCCUUUUCUGGUAAAGUUCCUGCAAAGAUUGAAAGCUUUAUUCGUGUUCACUGA